AUGUCUGAGCAUCUCAGCCGUACCUUUUUGUUUCCCGUGCGGAUCAUUGAUCUCCGCGUGUGCCCCGUGUCCCGUGCAGCGGAGAUCGGCAUCUUCGAGGGGUUCAUCGUGGUGUACAGGUUUAUCGCGGAUCUGCACUUCUACGUGACGGGCGGCGAGGACGAGAACGAGCUCAUCCUCUCCACCGUCCUCACCGCCUUCUUUGAAGCCGUCUCGCAUCUGCUCAGGGGCAACGUGGAGAAGAAGACGGUGCUGGAGAACCUCGACCUCGUGCUGCUAUGCCUGGACGAGCUCGUCGACGGCGGGGUGAUUCUGGAGACGGAGCCCACAGUGAUCGCCAACAGAGUCGCCAUGAGAGGAGCCGACGCCGACCUGCCUCUUUCCGAACAGGUGAGGGAGCAGUGUGUGGCCCUUGGUUAG